AUGAGCGUGGUUCAGCUUCACAGCUCUAACCGAGACAUUAAUACCUUGCUCCUUGCAUGUGUCUUUCUGUCUGGGUGUGCCUGUGUCCAUCCAGUGCCAGAGUCUGCUCCCAUUAAGCCCAGUCUCGGCCCACCCCACCACCUUCACCCCGCCAGCCCUACGCUGCCCCACUCCUCCUCCUCCUCCUCCUCCUCUUCUUCUGGCAAUGGCAAGCGUGCCUCCUGCAGUAGCCAACUCCCGACUCAGACUCCCCCUCAGCAGCAGUGCCAGUUGUCCUCUGCCAGUGCUCGCUACCCGCCCAGAGAGGUGCCCCCGCGCUUCCGCCAGCAGGAGCACAAGCAGCUACUGAAGAGAGGCCAGCCACUGCCUGCAGGAGCCCUCUGCGCUCUCACCCUCUCCUCCUCCUCUUCCUCCUCCUCCUCUUCGCCCUCAUCAUCUUACUCUUCUACUUCUACUACAACUACCAGCAGCACUACCCCAAAAUCUGCCACGUCCACUGAAGGCAAACGCCACCAAGACAUAUCCCUCCAGAGUGGUCCUGUUGCCCAAUAUGAGACCUCUUAUUGGGGCAGCUCUUUGCAAGUUGACAGCCCCUCCAGUGCCAACCGCUGGGACAAAGUGAUUAUUGACGAAAGUGACACAGAAGCUUGGCCCUCAAUCAACCGCAGCAGUGACCCAAGCCACCCUGCAGCACCAGAAUGCCCCUUGGGCUCAGCUUGCUCUAACCAAGAUCCCAGUGCUGUCACUACCACCAGUAGUAGUAGUAGUUAUCCGAGUAUGGCCACAGGUGCUGCAGGCCAGCAGGCCCACUACCCCUCUCUUAAAGCUAACAAUACAAUGAUGACAGGACCUGGGUCAGCCAACACAUUAGGUGGUAAUAGAGGAUGGGGCUCAGAUGGGAAACAAGAAGGCAUGAAUAGUGGGAGAGUAGGAGGGCCCAAUAGUUGGGGCUCUCCCAAUUUUAACUUGAACCUCAAUCCCAAUGCCAACCCAUCAGCCUGGCCUGUUCUGGGACAUGACAAUGGUGGUGGUGUUGGCUCCAAUGGGAUGUCAAAUUCCCCAUCCCUCCCACCAGGUAUUAAUGGUAAUGGAAACAUGAGCCUGGGAGGUGCAGAUAAUAGUGGGGGUGGUUGGGUUAGCAUGAUAAGUGCUAACGAAAAUGAUCAACCGCACCCUUCAACCAACACAAGCAUGUCCUUCAAUAUGGAACCUGCUAACCUUAACACUGAUGGACCAAACCACACUAAGCAACAACAGCAAGCUCAGGAGCCUAUGAGCCCUAUCCAUGGGAUGACUGGCUGGGGAGGUCAGUCACCCACUGAAUCAUCCCAGCUCAAUGGAGACCCAACAGGCAGCUCCGUAUGGGGAAGUGGAGAAACCAAGGCAGCUGACUCUCCCAAGGACUCAGGCUGGGACUCAACUCCCUCUGGAGGCCUUUCUGCCUGGGGUCGCCAAGGCAGUGGUGGUGGGAGUAGUGGAAGCGGUGGCUGGGGUGACUGGGGGAAAUCCUCUGGGAAUCCUCCAUCUAAAGGAUGGGACUCAGUAGAUGCUGGUAGUUCUGGCUCAGGCCAAGAGCCGCAACUUAGCGCAUGGGGUGUGCAGCCUGGAACAGCCCCGGCAAGUGAGGGUAGUGGGGACAGCAGCGAAGGCCGAUCUCAACACAAAGAUAGAUCCUCCAGCAUGGAUUUUUCUCCUGCUGUUCCCCGACAGGACCUGGAUCCUAAGGUGCUGAGUAAUACAGGCUGGGGACAGACCCCCAUCCGCCAGCACACUGUUUGGGAGAUGGAAGAAGCCAACUCUGAUGAUGUGAAAAGCAACAGCAGCUCAGACACCAUAACAGGCUCUGGCUCUAAUGGUGGACCCUCAUCAACCAAUGGAGGUACCAUCAAUCCAAACAAUGGCCCCAAUCAGAGGCCAGGGUCUGGAGGAAGAAAUGAUAUCGAAGGAAAGUCAUCUUCUAGCUGGGGACCCCCUCCACCUCAGCAAAUCCAGUCUGGAUCAGGAUGGGGUGACCCCCCACAGACUGUUAGCAAAACCCAGAAUGGCACUAGUAGUGGAUGGGGAGAGGCUAUGCCUACAAAUGGUCCGCGAGGUGGAAGUACACCAUCUUGGGGUUCUGGGGAAAAGUCACCCAGUUGGGAUGAUGGCCCGAAAAAAAGUCAGCCAACUAGCUGGAGUGAGGCCCCCAAAAGCUCCCAUGGUUGGGGCAAUAGUAAUGGGGGUACCAAUGGUUCCAGCACAGGGGACUGGGGAGAGGCAGAGGUCAAGAACAACGGGUCCUCCAGCAACAUGUGGGAAGGUGAAGGAGGGAAUGGAGGGAAUGGAGGGAAUGGAGGAAAUGGAGGGAAUGGAGGAAAUGGAGGAAAUGGAGGAAAUAGUGGAUGGAAGGAUAGCCCCAGAGGAGGAAAUAGAAGUGGUGGCUGGGGUAAGCCUGCUCCUACUGUCAAUAAUAGCAACUGGGGUGAAACCCCACGUGCCAAUGGCCCAGUACAAGGAGGCUGGGGCUCCACCAAGCCCCAGGAAAGCAGCAGCAGCAGUAGUACUGGCAGUGGAGGAGGUGGAAGCAUUGGUUCAUGGGGUGGUCCUGGUUCUGUGAAGCAGAGCCCCUCUGGCUGGGGAAACAACAGUAAACAGGACCAGAGCAUGGAGCCCACUGGCUGGGAAGAGCCCUCCCCUCCCUCCAUCCGUAGAAAGAUGGAGAUUGAUGACGGAACAUCAACCUGGGGUGAUCCCAAUGCCUUCAACCAGACUGUCAACAUGUGGGAUCGCAAUAGUCCCAACAAUAACCCAGGCAACAGCGGCCCACCUGCCACUAAGAAUGGGGGAGUAGUUAUCCCCAACAAUAACAACAACAAUCACUCUGUUGGCCCUGGCAACAACAAUCAUCAUCACACUCAUCAUAUGCACCACCAUCAACAUCAUGGACAACCUCCAACUCACAUGCAACACCACGGAAACAACAAUGGGUCACCCAACAAUGGCACCUCACAUCCAGGUGCAGGCCCCCAGGGAAGACCUCCUAUUGCCAACCCAGGUUGGGGAGAGCUUCCCAAUGUUCAACCCAAGUCGGAGCCUGCUUGGGGAGAGCCAGCAGCUCCAACAUCAGCUGUAGACAAUGGUACCUCUGCCUGGGGCAAGCCCACAGCAGGAUGGGGAGACGGUGGCCAUGAGCCCUCUGGACCCUAUGGCAGGGCCAGUGGACCCCCAGGUUCUGCACCCUGCAAGCCAGGCCCCAAACCUAUGCAAGAUAGCUGGGGAAAUGGAGGAGAGGAGAUGGGAAUGUCUACUGGCCAAUGGGACACUGAAGACGGGGACAUGUGGAACAGCCCCUCCUCCCAGGAGGGCCACUCUUCUUGCAACUCCUGGGGAAAUGGACCCAAGAAGGUCCCAAUCAAGGGGAAGAUUGUCAACAAGCCAGAUGAGAUGUGGAUCAUGAAUCGUCUCAUCAAACAGCUCACUGACAUGGGCUUUCCGAGAGACCCUGCUGAGGAGGCUUUGAAGAGCAACAACAUGAACCUCGACCAGGCCAUGAGUGCACUGUUGGAGAAGAAGACGGACCUGGACAAGCGGGGCAUGGGUAUGACUGAUUACAGCAACGGUAUGAACAAGCCCAUGGUGUGUCGACCCUCAGCACUCUCCAAAGACCUCUCCGACCGCAACACCUUUCUUGACAAGGAUGGUGUUAUGUCAGAUGACAACCCUCCAUCACCGUUUCUGCCUUCCCCCAGCCUGAAGCUCCCCCUGGCCAACAGUAGCCUUCCUGGGCAGGGUCUGGGACAGGGCAAUCCGGGGCUGGCCAUGCAAAACUUGAACAACAGACAGAUACCCAGUGGAAUGUUUGGCAGUAGUGGAGCAGCACAAACCCGGGCCAUGCAGCAGCAGCAGCAGCAGCCUCCUCAGCCACCAGUGCCACCUCUCAGCUCCUCCCAGCCUAGUCUACGUGCUCAAGUGCCUCAGUUUCUCUCCCCUCAGGUCCAAGCACAGCUCUUGCAGUUUGCAGCAAAAAACAUUGGUCUGAAUCCUGCACUUUUAACCUCACCAAUAAACCCUCAACAAAUGACUCUCUUGUACCAACUUCAGCAACUGCAAAUGGCGUACCAGCGUUUACAAAUCCAGCAGCAGAUGAUGCAGGCUCAACGCAAUGUUUCCGGCCCUAUUAGACAACAAGAGCAGCAAGUUGCACGUACAAUCACCAACAUGCAGCAGCAGAUCCAGCAGCACCAGCGUCAGCUGUACCAAGCGCUGCUGAUGAAGCAGCACCAACAUCCCUCUCACUCCUCCUCCUCUUCCUCCUCUGCUGGUCUGCAUGCCCCAGGAGGCCCCUCCGGAGGCCAUGGCAAAUCAUCCCUGGACCCCUUCACAGGCCAACACCAGGCUCCUGGCCUCAACGACUCACUGCACGCCAAAGAGCAGCUCUCUUCGCCCAACUCCUACAGCAACUACCCUCUCUCUGGACUGAAUCCAAACAUGAAUGUAAACUGCAUGGAGGUUGGGGGUCUGUCCCUGAAGGAGCCCCCUCAGCCCCAAUCCCGCCUGUCCCAGUGGACACACUCCAACUCCAUGGACAGCCUCUCUGGCAACUCCUCAAACAUGGAGAACAACCUCAAUAAGCACGGUGCCAUAUCUGUUGCCUCUUCCCUGGGCCCCCCUGGGAAGCCCCCCCAGAUGGAUGACUCAUACAGCCCUUACAAUCUAAUGUCCAGCUCUGAGUCCCCCACCAGCCCCCUGGUCCAGGACAGCUGGGGCCAGGGCAAGAGCCCGAAUGAGAAGAUCACCAACGGGACCAACAUCAACUGGCCCCCAGAGUUCUGCCCCGGUGUGCCAUGGAAGGGCCUUCAGAACAUCGACCCUGAGAAUGACCCCAACAUGACACCUGGCAGCGUCCCCAGCGGUCCCACCAUCAACACCAACAUCCACGACGUCAAUCGCUACCUGCUGCGAGACAGGAAUGGAGCCACUUCCCCAGCUCCUCUACUUCCGAAUGUCUCUCUGCCUCCAACCAGCAGCGACUGGCCAGUCAGUGGCUACUCUAGCCCGUUCAGUCUGUCGUCCUCUGAUGGAGACAGCUCAGGUAAACUCUCUGACAUGAAGUCCACCUGGUCCCCAGGGCCGAUCUCCCAGAGCCAAGCCUCUCUGUCCCAUGAGCUGUGGAAAGUCCCACAGGGGCCACGCAGCAGUGCGGCCCCAUCCCGGCCCCCACCAGGCCUCACCAACAGCAAGCCUGCCUCCACCUGGGGUGGCAACUCACUGGGCCUCUCUCAAGGCUGGAGCGGCUCUUAUACCUCUGAGGGAAGCACCUGGAGCACUGACUCCAACAGGACCAGCAUCUGGCUGGUGCUGAGGAAUCUCACCCCACAGAUUGAUGGCUCCACUCUGCGGACCCUGUGCAUGCAGCACGGCCCCCUGAUCACAUUCCACCUCAACCUGACCCAGGGGAACGCCGUGGUGCGCUACAGCUCCAAGGAUGAGUCUGCAAAAGCCCAGAAGUCUCUGCACAUGUGUGUGCUCGGAAACACCACCAUCCUGGCAGAGUUUGCUGGCGAGGAGGAGGUGAACCGCUUCUUUGCACAAGGCCAGUCGCUAGGGUCAAACACCACUAGCUGGCAGGCCAACCAGGGAACCAAUCAAAACCGCAUGGGUGGGUCUGGCCAGUCCCACUCUAUGGGCCAGUGGAGCAGUGGUGGUGGAGGAGGUGGCAAGGCAAGCGCUGGCGACCUGCUGUGGGGCGGCGUGCCCCAGUACUCCAGCCUGUGGGGACCGCCAAACGGAGAAGACGCCCGCGUGAUCGGGAGCCCCACCCCCAUUAACACCCUGCUGCCUGGAGACCUGCUGAGUGGGGAGUCAAUGUAGGGCCAUGCCACGAUUACACUAACCAUCCAACCCACCACCACCAUGUCAUGCAAGCCAUCGGUGGAGGAUGGGAUGGAGGGGAAAAAAAACUACAAAACAAACAAAAAAAAAAUCCAAGAUGAACAGGAGCAAAACCCAAGCAAAUCAUGUGGCGAUAAUCAGUAUCAAUUAGAACUUUUUGAGCUGUGAAUUGUGAAUCAGAAGUUUGAGGUCCAAACCACACAGACUGCAGACCUCGACUCCUUCUGUUUUACUUGUGUCUUUUUUUUUUUCUUCAUUACUCUACCUUUUUUUGGGGUGGGAAAAAAACCUGAGUUUUUUCUUCUCCUCUGGUAUUUUUGAAACUGAAAUGAGACACAACACAAAGAAACCUUUUAAGUGUUUUUUCGUUUUUCCAUAAGUAUACAUGACAUUCUGUGUGAAGUGUUUUUAGGAGAAGCAAUCAAAGCUGCCAUCCGAGACUUUCCUUUACCCUCCAAAAAAAAAAAAAAAAAAAAUCAUCCCAAAAUAAGACUUAAAAAAACAACCAUUCCCAGCAUGUCCAUGGCCAAUGACGUGGUUCAAAGACCUUUACUAGUUAUGUUAACGUUUGUUUCUCAGCACUAAUUUUAGCCUUAAGUGCUCUCUGGCCCAGGUCCUUCUCAAGCCGCCUUUUUUAGUUUGUUUUGUAACUGAAGAAAUAGCUGAAAUCUUGCACAGUUUCACCUCUGAGCCAGCGAGUGGUACAGGACAUGACUGGUGACACGCUCUGUCACUGGGCAGUAAGAAGGCCUGGCCACAUGACUGGCCCUACCAAUCAUCAGCUUAAUUAUCUCAUCUCGUCUUCUCAAAGGGAUGGACACAGCUCUUCAAUGUCUUUUUUUGUAGGUCUAGAACCGAGCGCUUUUUUGAUAUCUAUCACAACAUAUAAGCUGAGAGAAGAUUAUUUGUCAACCUCGUUGUGUGUCUCCGCACAUGUCAGUGUAUGUCCGGUGGCACCUAAUCAUUGACGUCUACAAACCUACAUCCUUCUGGUCACCUUCAAUUGGAACCCAGUUGCUUACUGGUGCUGUGUUGAAUUUUUUAUUGUCUUACUUGUUAUGAAGCCCAGCGGUCUGUAUGGGCAGCCAGUUUUCAGAGGAAAACAAAAAGAACACAAUUUCACCUUCAUGUGACAGUUACAUUGUGCAAUAUACACCAUAGACCCUUCUUCCGUCCACACUCUUAUGUCCUGGAGCUGGUUUCUCUUUUGUUUUGUUUUUUUGUUUUUGAUUGUUGCUGAUUGCAGCAAAAGACUUUGGAACUUCAAAAACCUUACCCCCUUUUGAAAACUUGGAUUCCCUCCAGGGCCGCCAAUCCCUCUGAAGCUGUUGGGAAAACUCUGCAGCAGCUGCUGAAG